AUGGUCGUGGACGACAGACACGGGGUCAAUAAGCAGGUCCAACUGCGAAGUAGUUCGACCGAAGCAUGUUUUUUCUUAACAGUUCUGAACCUAAUCUGUCUUCAAGCUUCAGGCUACUAUCCCUAUCUCGCAGGGGAUCAUCAGUUCAGAAUGUUGCAACCUAGUCGAUUUUUGUUUAAUAGUGUUUAGCGUGUCAACACUGGAUACUAAUUGAACGAUUAAUGACUCGCUACAGGUUGUCUUGAAAUACCCACUUUAUGCGACAAAUAACAACGCCAUACGUUUACAUUAUAAAUUGAAAGCUAAUAUUACACUUUUCAUUUAAUUUUGUAGCUGAUUGUCGUGCGUAGCAGCCUCCACCUUUUGUCUCCUUUUUUCUCGCAUCUUUUCCUUUGGAGUUCCUCCCCCUGCGGCGCUGGGCGGAGUUUCCUACCGAACUAGACGCUCCUUUUGUCGGAUCCGUUUCGACUUGACUCCCCGGGGUUGACGGCUUAAAAAAUACACUUUAACCAACCAAAAAUUAUUACCGCGAAUACUUAUUAGAGUCAUACCAACGCUGGUGUCAAACUGUCACAGAAGGUGAGUCUAGAGUCGGAUAGUUGACCUGCACCGAGACGCUGCACCAUGAACGGCAGCAGCAGCGCCGUGUCCUCGGCCUCCCAGGCUAGCCGGAUAAAGACGGAGCCAGAUGAGUGGAGUAAGGAAGAGUGUCUUACUCUGUUGGAGAGGAUCCGUAGCUUGCUGCCUGAUUUGGAUGGCAUGAAGUACAAGACCACAGAGUCCCAUUUUGACUGGGAGAAGGUCUGCUUUGGUGGUUUCACUAGUGACAUGUGCAAACAAAAGUGGCAAAAGGUGUCAACAGAGGUGCGCAAAUAUCGGACCAUGACCGAGCUCAUUGUUGAUGCAAUUGAGUAUGUAAAGAACCCUUACAAAGGGAAGAAAUUGAAGACGCACCCUGACUUCCCAAAGAAGCCCCUCACGCCAUAUUUCCGUUUCUUCAUGGAGAAACGAGCCAAGUAUGCAAAGAUUCACCCAGAGAUGAGCAACUUGGACCUGACCAAAAUUCUUUCGAAGAAAUACAAGGAGCUCCCAGAGAAGAAAAAGCAAAAAUACAUUACAGAAUUUCAAAGAGAGAAGGAGUCCUUUGAGAAGAAUAUGGCACGUUUUAAAGAGGACCAUCCAGAGUUGAUAGAAGAGAGAAAGAAAUCAGACCUCCCCGAGAAGCCCAAAACACCCCAGCAACUGUGGUACAACCAUGAAAAGAAAACCUACAUGAAGCUACACCCAGAGGUGAGCCAGAAGGAGCUCAAGGAAGCACUGAGACGACAGUGGUCCCAGCUCUCAGACAAGAAGAGACUUAAAUGGAUCAGCAAGGCCCUGGAACUACAGAAAGACUAUGAGGGGAGCAUGAGAUCCUAUCAUUUAGCUCACCCAGAAGUAAAUUCAGACGAGCAUGUUAAGUCCGUCCUCACCAAAGCAGAGCGCCAGCUCAAGGACAAGUUUGACGGCAGACCCACUAAACCUCCACCGAAUGGCUACUCCUUGUACUGCGCUGAGCUAAUGGUGAACAUGAAGGAUGUUCCCAGCACUGAGCGCAUGGUGCUGUGCAGCAAGCAAUGGAAGAUGAUGACGCAAAAAGAGAAAGAUAUGUUUCAGAAGCGCUGUGAACAGAAAAAGAAGCAGUAUGACAUUGACCUGCAGAGAUUUCUAGAAAGUCUCCCAGAGGAAGAGAGGGACCGAGUACUAACAGAGGAGAAGCUGGGGGGGUCACGGUUGGGUAUGGGGGCUGCGGGCAGCCCUCACAGAGCCAAAUCCCCCUCCUCCAAGGUGGGUCUCAAAAAAGUCCAGGAGCGUUGUCCUGAGCUGGAGACGUGGGCACAUGCUGCUGUGCCAAACAAACGGGACAGCAAGAAAAGAACUAAACUCCCAGAGACACCCAAGACGGCCGAGGAGAUGUGGCAGCAGAGUGUAAUCGGAGACUACAUGGCAAAGUAUAGGAGCGACAGGAAGAAGGCUCAGAGUGCCAUGGAGGCAGCCUGGAAGGCUAUGGAGAAGAAGGAGAAGAUCCCAUGGAUCAAGAAGGCGGCUGAGGACCAGAAGCGAUACGAGGUUCAGUACCGGCCCGUGAGGGAGCUGUUGGAGAUGAGGACGCCCCCGCCUGGACAAGGACAGAGGAAACCGAAAUUUGACGGGGAGCCCAAGAAGCCACCAGUGAGUGGCUACCAGAUGUUCUCUCAGGAGCUGCUGACCAAUGGAGAACUCAACCACUUCAGCUUGAAGGAACGCAUGGUGGAGAUCGGAAAACGCUGGCACAAGCUCAGCCAGAGCCAGAAGGACAAGUACAAGAAGUUGGUGGAGGAGCAGCAGAUUGAGUACAAGGCUGAGCUGGAAGCCUGGGUCAAGUCUCUCUCUCCUAAUGAACGGGCAGUUUAUAAAGAGUUCUCCACCACGAAACGACGGACCACGACCAAAGCACGGGGACCAAGCGCCAAGAUCCGUGUGACUGCCAAGGGGAAGGCGGUAGGUGCCAGAGCUGCAGCAACGGGGGUCGGGGUGGGCAAGCGGGCCAUGGCGUACCGGGCCAAGCAGGACUCAUCAGACUCUGAUGAUGACGAUAAGACUGACUCAUCCGAUUCUGACGACGACGAUGAAUCUUCAGGUAGCACCGACAGCGACGAUGAUGAGAAUGACGACGACGAAGAUGACGACCAAUCAGGAGACAGCAGUUCUUCCUCAGAGGACAGUAGUGAUUCGGAGUCUGACUAGCCCUUGCCUGCACAAAGAGGAGGGGCUGUGCGGGACACGCCUCCUCGCAACUCAUUUGUCCCGUCUUGACCAGAAGGUGGCGGUGACGUACCAGUGCUGGCCCGUGGGCUCUUCUCCCCCCCAUUCCGACUAGAAGGAAACGCAGGGGGAAGGGGGGGAACAGAGGUGGAGGGAGAUGGGAGAUAGCAGCAAGUUUCUCCUCCUGAUGACCCAGAGACUAAAUCAUUGACGGGACAAUGUCUUGACUUUAAAAGGGGCUUAGUUACCCGUGUGUUCUAAUGCAUACAUUUUUUUAUGCCUUUAUAUAGGUGUAAUUAAAAACGUGUUUUUUUGUUUUUUUUUUACACUUAAAAAAAAAAAAAAAAAAGGACAUUUCGGAAGCAGUUAAAGCUUUUUGAAUUUUUGGAACAAUUGGUUUAUACAGAGUUAGGCUGGAAAAGGCCGUAUUGAGGUGUUCACUGCCGUUUUUUUGUCCUUUGUUCUUGCUGAUAGCCAGCACAGAGGAAGGACUGUUGCUGCUUUCCCUCCAUUUGAACAUCUGACCCUCAAUAAUAAAAAUGCACUUUUCUCUUGUA